UUUAGCGCAUGCUCCAGACCCCCUCACCCCGGCCCUCACCCUCCACACGGUCAGUCUCAGCCCCGCCAGCCAGCCGCCAACAGGACCCCCACCACCACGCUCAGUAGCCUACAGUCAGAGAGGUGGUGUUGCCAUGGCCACUCACAGUGAUCAGGAGAAUGAGGCGGAUCACGUGGUUCCGGACGAUGACAUCAUCAGCGUCAACUCAACCUCGUCCAAUCACCUGCGCUGCUCCUCCCCCAGCAGGUUCUCAGUCAUCUCAGGGGCGGACACGGAGAGCAUCUUCAUGGACCCCCUGAAUCUGUCCUCCUUGCUGCCCACCAAACGGAACGAUGAUAUGGAUCUGCAGGAGGAGGACUCAGAGGUGGACCCGGCGGAGCAGAUGAUGGUGGAGGAUCUGUAUAACUGUGUGAGGGACAUGGUGGAUGAAAGCAGCCCCUACAACACGCCCUGUGUGCUGGACAUCCAGAGGGCCCUGGUGCAGGACCGCCUGGAGGCCCCCCUCAACGCUGUCGACGAGGUGUGGCCCAACAUCUUCAUCGCAGAGAAGAUGGUGGCGGUGAAUAAGUCGCGUCUGAAGCGCAUGGGCAUCACCCACGUCCUGAACGCGGCCCACGGCACGGGCGUGUACACGGGCACGGACUUCUACGCCGGCAUGAACAUCCAGUACCACGGCAUCGAGGUGGACGACUUCCCCAGCGCAGACAUCUCGCCCUUCCUGCGUUCAGCCGCCGAGUUCCUGGACGAGGCGCUGCUGACACACAAGGGGAAGGUGCUGGUGGACUCGGUGAUGGGUGUCAGCCGCUCGGCGGUGCUGGUGGCGGCGUACCUGAUGAUCUUCCACCACAUGACCAUCCUGGAGGCGCUGCUGGCGCUGCGCAGGAAGCGGCCCGUGUGCCCGAACGAGGGCUUCCUGAAGCAGCUGCGGGACCUGAACGAGGCGCUGCUGGAGGAGCGGGACGAGGACGAGCGCAGCGACACGCUCAGCCAGAGCUCCGUGGUGGACGCGCUGGCGCGCCGCCAGCCAGAGAGCAUCAUGGGAGCGCAGGUGCACUCCAUCCUGGCGGAGGAGCAGGACGGCGCCAGCGUGGCCAGCACCUGCACGACGAGCCGGGACGGGCGCGUCCCCUCGCUCCCCGCGGAGAGGCGCGAGGAAGAGGAGGCAGAGGAGGACGUGGGACGCCUGGUUAAGGAGUGGCAGCAGCGGAACGAGAGGUACCAGGACGAGGGCUGGUGGCAGGCGCAGCUGCUGAGCGACGACGAGGACGAGGAGUCGGUGGCGGGAGGAAGAAGGCGGCGGCCCUUGCCGGAGGACCUGGAGAGCGUGACGAGCGCAGACGUGCGCGCCGUAACCGAGGGGAUUCGCCGCGCGCGCGCCGAGUCCGUCUCGUCCGUCGCCACGGACACCAGCAGCUACGCCGACAUGUGGAAGCAGCGGCUGAAGGAGAUCGAGGAGCAGGCCGCCGCCCGCUACAAGGGGCGGGGCCAGGACGACGACAGCGAGAGCGGGGGCGGGGUCGGGGACGAGGAGGUGGAGAGCGUGCUGUCGGAGCCCGGCUCGCUCUACAACUUCUGCAAGAAGAACAAAGACACGCUCACGCCCCUGGAGAGGUGGCGGGUGAAGAGGAUCCAGUUUGGGUGGAAUAAGAAGGACGCCGAGGCGGAGCAGGGGGCGGGGGGGGAAGGCGGGGCCGGGGAGGGAGAGGCCCAGGAGGCCAAGCCGCCCGCGCUGGAGGACGUGAACCUGACAGCCUAUCAGAGCUGGAAGAUGCGGCAGCAGAAGAAGCUGGGCGAGGUGGACAAAGACGCCAUCGUGGAGAUGAGCCGGGCGCAGGACUCGGCGCUGGCCAGGAGGAGGCAGCGGCGGGAGGAGGUGCUGGAGCGCUCGCGGCGCACGCUGGAGGAGAGCCAGUCCUCGUGCGGCUGGGAGACGGAGAGCACGCUGAGCGGGAGCACCAUCCCGCUCUCCGCCUUCUGGCAGCUGGCCUCCGCCCGCAGCCCCGCCCCCGACGACUCCGCCUCCGUGCUGAGUGGCCGCUCCUCUGCUUCCCGCGCCCGCAGCGCCCGCAGCUCCGCCACGGCGCCGCCCCAGGCCCCGCCCACUCCCAUGGUGCCUCUGCCCAACCUGCAGGGGCAGGGGAACGAGGCCGUGGACCUGCUGAGCAUCCAGAACUGGAUCGCCAACGUGGUGACGGAGACGCUGAUGCAGAAGCAGGGGGAGAUGCUGAUGGGCGGGGGCAGCCUGCCCCCGUCCCGCGCCGGGUCCGUGCUCAGCCUGGGGGCACACUCCGGGCGGCCCGUGGACGACGACAAGGCCUCCAUGCUGAGCGGAGCAUCGUACACCAGUGGGCUGUCCCGGGGUGGGGGAGAGUCCAUGCUGUCCGGCGGGGGCACGUCCAGCUACUCGGGGUACGGGUCCGGUCGGACAAAGAUCACUAAAACCAGCGUGCCCCUGUACAGCCUGUUCCAGGACCAGGUGGACCUGCGCAAGCUGGACUCCAUGGACAAGGAGAUGAAGUCUGAGAUGAGGGGCAAGAUGGACUCCUACGAACUGCAGAAGAUCGCCUCCGACAACAAGCGCAGCACCCUGUUCAAGAAGAAGAAGAAGAAGGAGGAGAGCGAUGAGGAGGCCGAGGACGACAGCGAAGGGACGGCUAAGGUCACGAGCAAAUACAGCCCUGACCCCACCCACGUCUCCGCCCGUGACCCCACCCGCAUCUCUGCUCGUGACCUCACCCGUGACCCCACCCGCAUCUCUGCUCGUGACCUCACCCGUGUCCCUGCUCGCGACCCCACCCGUGACCCCGCCCUCCACAGGUGGGACGGGCCCUCGGCAGGGACUGCCGGGAGGUUCGGUAACUCUGCGGCAGAGAGGGACAAGACCAGCAGCAUCGACAAGUGGCUGGAUGACAUCAGAGCCCCGUCGCGGUACCCGCGGCCGGACAGAGCGGCGCCCGGAGAGCCGGCAGCCGAGCCCGACUGCGCCUACUCCAGCCGGAGGAGGGCCUCAGAGAGCUCCUUCCAGAGCGAGGAGGAGGAGUGCGCCUCCUCCACAGCUGCAGAAGAGGACUUCUCCUCCUGCAGUUUCCAUGGCAGCAAUGACGCCGAUCCCACUACAGAGAUGCCAUACCACCCCAGGAGGUUUCCCCCGGCAACGGACCCCUUGUCCAACGGUCUAAAGGCAUCCCAGAGCUACAGAGUGCAGAGGGCCUACACCUCUGAGGAAGAGGAGGAAGAGGAGGAGAGGGCGUAUGGGGCAAGGCAGACAUUCUCCCGCUACCGGGACGACCGUGCAGAGCCGAGGAGAGGAGGCCGGGAGGAAGAGGGGGAGGAAGAGGAAGAGGUGUCCUCCUUCAUCAGUCGGUGUCGCCAGCGGUCCAGGGUGCAGGCGGAGGAGGAGCUGGAUGAGGAUGAUGUCAUCGGGGCGUGGAGAAGACAGCAGGAGGCAAAGCGACGCGCGUACAAAGACAGCGACUCUUAGGACUUCCUGUCUCUACGGAGCACGCUCCCACCACCCCGGUUUGGGACUCCUCUCGUCAAGUACAGGACGGUUUUUCUGCUCAUUCUUUGGCUUCCAUGCGCUUGGAGGGAACUGCUAUACCACAAUCAACAAGUUUCACUGCCAAAACUUUAUUUAGAGCUUUACUGCAAACUUGUAUGUACAUUCUUUUGCCCAGCACUGGACAAGAAGAAAGUGAGUAGGGGCUGUUUAUUCAUUUCACAUGUAGAAAAGACUUCAGUUUAGCUAAAUUUCACCACAUGAUUGUCACCAAGUUCUGAAGAUACAAGUGUAAGGUUUGAAGAAAAGAGGUAA